AUGCCCCCUUCACCCACCGAAAAACAUCAGCAAAACGAAAUCAAAGAUUUGGAAGACGGUGCAGACCAGAGUUCAACAAACACUCAGGUUGAGCAAUGGAGGCUGGCCAAAGAUCUCAAGUACUUUGACAUCAACAGCCAAGCCAGCAGCCGCAAGCUAGGCGUCACAUGGAAGAACCUCAGUGUCGGCGUAGUUCCUGCCGACGAGCGAUUCAAGGAGAACAUUCCCAGUCAGUUCAAUCUUCUACAGCUCCUCAAGGACUUCCGCGCAAAACCAGCUCUGAAGACUAUUCUCGAAUCCAGCUCGGGAUGUGUUCGUCCUGGAGAGAUGCUUCUAGUUUUGGGGCGCCCAGGCUCUGGAUGCACGACUUUGCUCAAAAUGCUAGCCAACAAGCGUAAUGGAUAUGCAAAUGUAGAUGGCGAAGUUCAUUAUGGAUCGCUCGACGCCGAACAGGCCAAGCAAUACUCUGGUAGUAUUGUCAUCAACAAUGAGGAGGAACUCUUCUACCCAACACUCACUGUUGGCGAGACCAUGGACUUUGCCACUCGUCUGAACAUGCCUGCAAACCUCGAAGGAAAUAGAUCCAGCCGCACCGAGGCCCGACGCAACUUUAAACAAUUCCUCCUCAAUUCAAUGGGCAUUGCGCACACAGAGGGUACAAAGGUCGGUGACGCAUACGUGCGAGGUGUCUCUGGUGGCGAGAGAAAGCGAGUCUCCAUCAUCGAAACUCUCGCAACACGUGGCAGUGUUGUAUGCUGGGACAACUCAACACGGGGCCUGGAUGCCUCCACUGCUCUUGAAUAUGUCCGCGCACUGCGAUGCCUGACAGACACCAUGGGAAUGUCCACCAUUGUCACUCUGUACCAAGCUGGCAACGGCAUCUAUGACCUGUUUGACAAAGUUCUCGUCCUCGAUCAGGGAAAGCAGAUCUACUAUGGCUCCCGCGAGGAGGCCCGGCCCUUUAUGGAGAGCCUUGGGUUCGUCUGUGGAGAUGGAGCAAAUGUCGCCGAUUAUCUCACUGGUGUCACCGUGCCCAGCGAACGACAAAUCAAACCUGGCUUUGAAACCACCUUUCCUCGCAAGAACACCGACAUACGAUAUGCCUAUGAGCAGUCGACCAUCAAGGCUAAGAUGGAUCAAGAACUCGAUUAUCCCUUUACGGAAGAGGCCAAGGUCACCACAGAAGCAUUCGUCAAAUCUGUCUUGCGAGAGAAAUCUGGACAUCUUCCAAAGUCAUCGCCCAUGACAGUCUCGUUCCCCGAUCAAGUCAAGGCUUGUGUAGUCCGCCAAUACCAAGUCCUAUGGGGAGACAAACCGAGCCUGAUCAUGAGACAAGCGACCAAUAUCAUUCAAGCUUUGAUUUCCGGAUCGCUCUUCUACAAUGCACCAGACAACACGGCUGGCCUGUUCCUCAAGUCUGGCGCUCUGUUCUUAUCUCUUCUGUUUAAUGCUCUCUUCACCCUUUCAGAGGUUAACGACUCGUUCGUCGGUCGUCCCAUCUUGGCGAAGCAGAAGAAUUUUGCAUUUUUCAACCCAGCUGCUUUUUGCAUUGCACAAGUCGCAGCCGAUAUUCCGAUUUUGAUCUUUCAGACAGCUUCUUUUGUCUUAAUCGUGUACUGGAUGACCGCAUUGAAGCAAACUGCGGCGGCGUUCUUCAUCAACUGGUUUGUCGUCUACGUCGUCACUUUGGCCAUGACUGCCAUGAUGAGGACGAUUGGCGCAGGUUUCCCCUCGUUCAACUCUGCAUCCAAGGUUUCGGGCUUCGCCAUCACCGCGACAAUUGUCUACAUGGGAUACGAAAUACCAAAGCCUGACAUGCACCCAUGGUUUGUCUGGGUCUACUGGAUCAAUCCUUUGGCAUAUGGAUUCGAGGCUAUCAUGGCAAACGAGUAUGACGGAACCACCAUCCCAUGCGUCUACGACAAUCUCAUCCCGAACUAUCUGCCUCAAUACCAGGAUCCAAGCGCACAAUCCUGUGCAGGUAUCCGCGGUGCGCGACGCGGCGCAACUUCGCUCAGCGGACAAGAAUACCUGGACAGUCUGUCCUACUCUCCAUCCAACAUCUGGCGUAAUGUGGGAAUCCUUUUCGCAUGGUGGCUUCUAUUCAUUGCCUGCACAAUCAUCUUCACGCUUCGCUGGAAUGACACCUCCAGCUCGAGCACUACCUACAUCCCACGCGAAAAGCAAAAGUACGUCCAAAGACUUCGCGCAUCUCAGACUCAGGAUGAGGAAUCUCUGCAAACCGAAAAGAUCACGCCCAACAACGACACGCUUGGUACUACAGAUGGGGCAAACGACAAGCUAGGCACUAGCCUGAUUCGCAACACCUCAAUCUUUACCUGGCGCAACCUGACCUACACCGUCAAAACCCCCUCCGGUGAUCGUACUCUUCUCAACAAUGUUCAUGGCUACGUCAAACCCGGUAUGCUUGGUGCCCUCAUGGGAUCCUCUGGCGCUGGCAAAACGACACUACUGGAUGUUCUCGCCCAACGAAAGACGGCUGGAACAAUCAAGGGUGAAAUCUUGGUUGAUGGUCGACCCCUUCCCGUUUCUUUCCAACGAUCUGCCGGGUACUGCGAACAGCUUGAUGUUCACGAUGCUUACUCCACUGUACGAGAGGCUCUUGAAUUCUCAGCUCUUCUCCGCCAAAGCCGCGAUACCCCUAUUGAGGAGAAGCUUGCAUAUGUGGAUACCAUUAUUGAUCUGCUUGAACUACACGACCUUGAGAAUACGCUUAUUGGAACCGUGGGUGCUGGACUUUCGGUCGAGCAGCGCAAGCGUGUCACUAUCGGAGUUGAGCUUGUUUCCAAGCCGUCUAUUCUCAUCUUCCUUGACGAGCCGACCUCUGGUCUAGAUGGCCAGGCAGCUUUCAACACUGUUCGUUUCCUGAGAAAACUCGCCGACGUCGGUCAAGCAGUCCUGGUCACCAUCCAUCAGCCCUCGGCCUUGCUCUUCGCCCAAUUCGAUGUUCUCCUUCUCCUCGCCAGUGGUGGCAAGACCGUCUACUUUGGCGAGAUUGGCGACAAUGCCGACAAGAUCAAAGAGUACUUUGGCCGCUACGGUGCACCCUGCCCCCGCGGCGCCAACCCAGCAGAACACAUGAUCGACGUCGUGAGCGGCUACCACCCCAGCGGCAAAGACUGGCACGAAGUCUGGCUCAACUCGCCCGAAUCUGCAGCCCUCAACACACACCUCAACGAACUUAUCUCUGACGCCGCGAGCAAAGAACCCGGUACCAAAGAUGACGGCCACGAAUUCGCCACAACCUUCUGGACACAAACCAAACUUGUCACGCACCGCAUGAACGUCAGCUUCUUCCGCGACACAGCCUACUUCAACAACAAGCUUCUCCUCCACGGCGGCGUCGCCUUCUUCAUCGGCUUCACCUUCUGGCAAAUCGGGCCCUCAGUUGGCGACCAAAAAUAUAUCCUCUUCUCCAUCUUCCAAUACAUCUUCGUCGCGCCCGGCGUAAUCGCCCAGCUUCAACCCAUCUUCCUCGAGCGCCGCGACGUCUACGAAACCCGCGAGAAGAAAUCUAAAAUGUACUCCUGGCAAGCCUUUGUCACUGCACUCAUCGUCUCCGAGAUGCCGUACCUCGUCAUCUGCGCAGUGCUGUACUAUCUAGUCUUCUACUUCGCCUCCGGCCUGCCCACCGACCCCAGCAGUGCCGGCGCUGUCUUCUUCGUCUUCCUUAUCUACCAAUUCAUCUACACGGGCUUCGGCCAGUUCGUCGCUGCCUACGCCCCCAACGCUGUCUUCGCCUCGCUCGUCAACCCGCUCCUGCUCGCCGUCCUGUGCUGCUUCUGCGGCGUCCUCAUCCCGUACGAUAACAUCCAGGAGUUUUGGCGCUACUGGAUCUACUACCUCGAUCCUUUCAAGUACCUCAUUGGCUCGCUGCUCGUGUUUACCGACUGGGACUGGAAGAUUGAGUGUAAGGAGAGUGAGUUUGCCAUUUUUAAUCCCCCUGGUGGCGGCAAUCAGACUUGUGGCGAGUACCUCGAGGCGUGGCUCCAGGGCCCGGGUAGACGCACGAAUCUUGUUAAUCCGGAGGCUACGGCGGAUUGUCGCGUUUGUCAGUAUACUUGGGGUAGGGAUUACCUUGCUACUGUUAAUUUGACGGAAAAGUAUUUUGGAUGGAGGGAUGCGGGCAUUUGUGUUAUUUUCUCGUUGAGCGGGUAUGCGCUUGUUUAUUUUUUUAUGAAGUUGAGGACCAAGGCGAGUAAGAAGGCGGAGCAGUAG